AUGGGUAAAAUUGAUGGUGGAAUAGAUGGAUGUCAAGGAACCAAAGCCAUCAAGAAGAACAGAAGGACCAUACUUACUCAAGAGUAUGAACACUUUGAAUCAAAAGCUGGGGAAUCAUUGACUGAUCUUUAUGAUAGGUUUGUCAAGUUGCUAAAUGACCUAUCUUUAGUGGAUAAAGAAUAUGACUUGGAAGAUUCAAAUCUCAAAUUUCUACUGGCUCUUCCUGAAAAGUGGGAUUUGAAAGUAACCACUAUAAGAGACAAUCAUGAUCUUGAAGAGAUGUCUCUGGAUGAUAUCUUUGGAAGAUUGAAAACCUAUGAACUUAAGAUGGAACAAAGGAGCAAAAGACAUGGAGGGAAACCUAAGCCUGUUGCUCUAAAAGUUCAAGGAGAAACUGCUAUGAAGAACAAAGGAAAAACACAUAUCACAAAGUUUGACACUGAGUCAUCAAACUCUGAUGAUGACUCAGACUCUGAUGUUCUCUCGGACUCUGAGGACAGUGAUACUGAGAUGAUGCAGCUGGCAUCAUUGAUGGGUCAUUUUGCAACUGAGUGCAAGAAAGCCAAGAAUGAAAAGGGACAAGCUUUUAUCAGCAAGAAAGGAAGCUGGGCAGACUCAUCAGAUUCUGAGGAAGAAGUCAACUAUGCCUUGAUGGCAAACACUGACAACAGUUCUGAGGCUGUUCAAUCUAAGCUACCUCAUUCCACUCUUGCUUUUGACACUGAAGAUAUAACUGAGUUAAGAUUGUUUCUUAAAAACUUGCAUAUGCUAGAAGUUCAGACAGAAAGAGAUGUUUCUGUUUUCAUUAAGAAUGAGCUGUUAAAGAAAAAUGCCUCUCUUCAAUCAGAACUUGCUAGGGAAAGAGAGAUAAUCAGAACAUGGACUAACUCAGGAAAAACCACUCAGAAUAUCUUAGAAAGUGGAAAUUGGAAGAAAGGACUAGGAUACACUGAUAAGAAUGAAGCUGAGUCAGUUAAACAAGAGACUGCUAAAAUUGAUAGACCUAAGGUUGCACCAGUUAGAUUUGUUGCAGAAUCAAGAGUUCAUGAAAAACCUAAGACUGAUAAAUCCAAACAGGUCAACAUAGGUUUAAUGACUCAGAAACAGCUUAAGCAUGAGCUCAAGGAAGUCAAACAAGAAAACAGGAUUAAGGAACCUAAGAAAAACAGAAAUGGAAAGGAAGAAUUAGGACAUAAAUUCUAUGUAUCCAAAUCAGAAGUUAAGACUAGGAAUGUUAGAUUUAGACCAGAAAAUCCUUGUUUUCAUUGUGGUAGUUUAUGCAAAGAUGAGACAUCCCCUCUUCUGGUUGAACAUGUCAAGCAACUGGACAAAAUUUCUAUGGAUGCAGUAAAGAUCAUCAGGAGUGAUAAUGGCACUGAGUUCAAGAAUUCCAAAAUGGAAGAAUUCUGUAAAGCAAAUGGAAUAAAGCAAGAAUUUUCAGCACCUGGAACACCUCAGCAGAAUGGUGUUGUAGAAAGAAAGAACAAAACUUUAAUUGAAGCUGCUAGAACCAUGCUGGAGGAAGCAAAAUUGCCAACUUACUUCUGGGUUGAAGCUGUAGAAACUGCUUGCUUCACACAGAAUGCAACUCUGAUAAAUAAGCAUGGGAAAACACCAUUUGAGAUGAGUAUGUCACUCCAAAUCAUCAACCUCAAGCACAUGUUGAGGGGGAGCACUUUGACAAUGAACAUCUGGACGAAAAUGAUGAGAACUUAA